GUCAGCGUGGUUUGGCUUCCCCAGACAGAUCCUCUGCCUGCACACGCUGCUCAGCUGAAUGCAGUCUGUGCAAAUACCAGUACUGAAGCACAAGGUUUCCACGCCUGCAGAGGGAGAAUGACUGAACCAUUUCUCAGAGCACAAAGCAGCACCAGAACCCCCAGCACACCAGAGGAGAAGGAUCCCAACAGGUUCUGACCCCCAGCUCCCAGAAGAGGAUGUGCAGAUAUCGCUGCUGGAGUCCAAUACUUCCACACCCGCUAUGGGAGAAGGAGACCAACAGGAAACAUUUUCAGAGCACAAAGCAGUAACAGAGCCCCUUGGGCAGAGUGGAGAAGGAGACCAAUGGGGUUCCUGGUGCCAUGUGACAGGAAGGAGGAGAUCCCGUGUGCAGCUCAUUGCUGCGUGUGCAGCACUGGGAGCCCUCAUCCUCGUGCUGCUGGUGAUAUCGACCGCAUGUCGGCAGGUCCCUGUGCCACCUUUCCCAGACUUUGCCCAUGUGUGCCCCAACGCCUGGGUCGGAUUCCAGGGGAAAUGCUAUUAUUUUUCCAAGGAGGAGAAUGAUUGGAACAGCAGCAGGGAGCACUGCAAUGCCCACGGAGCUUCCCUGGCCACCAUAGGCAGUGCGGAGGAGAUGGAUUUCAUGAUGCGCUUCCAGGGCCCGGCAAACUGUUGGAUCGGGCUGCACAGGGAAGAAGAGGAUGCCCAGUGGACGUGGAGCGAUGGCACAGCCUUCACCAACUGGUUUGAGCUGCGAGGUGGAGGCCGAUGUGCGUACCUGAACAGGGACAGGAUCAGCUCAUCCCUGUGCCACCUACACAAGCACUGGGUCUGCAGCAGAGCUGACCACUAUGUCCUCUGGAAGCAAAAUGCACACCCACAAUGAGAGACCCCACCACCGUGUCAGGACCCGGUCAGCCGUGUGACAGAGAUCUCGGCCUGAAUCGAAAUUGUAGACCUGGAGCGUGUUUCUCACAAAGCUGCAAACAUCAGCCCGAGCUCCAAGGUGGGCGAGGAGGGCCCAGGGAGCAAAGGGCUUCACCGUGGUGCUGGGCAUAAAGACCUAACGCUGCUUUCUGUGUGUGCUGCUGCUUGCGGGACAGCCGGCAUUGAAACCGUGAAUAAAUGUAGCAUGUAGCAUGACCACAGAAAUGCUCUGUAGGUGUGGUUUGGCUUCCCCAGACAGAUCCUCUGCCUGCACACGCUGCUCAGCUGAAUGGUACCAACACCGCCUUUGGCUUCUCACGUCUUCACAUUUCACACUGCACUGAGCUCCUUCCUGCUUCUCUUGCUCCUCUCUCUUUCCUUCCUUCCACUUUCCUCUCCCCGUUCUCUCUCCUUUUUCUCCCACCUUUCUAAUCCUCCCGAGCCCCUCCUUCAGUCCUUUCUUCUAUCCCCCCCAUCCUAACUGUCCACCCCACAGCAGUCUGUGCAAACACCAAUACUGAAGCACAAGGUUUCCACGCCUGCAGAGGGAGAACGACUGAACCAUUUCUCAGAGCACAAAGCAGCACCAGAACCCCCAGCACACCAGAGGAGAAGGAUCCCAACAAGUUCUGAUCCCCAGCUCCCAGAAGAGGAUGUGCACAUAUUGGUGCUGGAGUCCAAUACUUCCACACCCGCUAUGGGAGAAGGAGACCAACAGGAAACAUUUUAGAGCACAAAGCAGCAACAGAGCCCCUUGGGCAGAGUGGGGAAAACCCCAAUGGGGUAAUGGUGGGGACUGAGCAGGAAGGAGGGCAUGGGGGGGAACAGGAGUAGAAGGGCGUGUCCCCACCCACUCUCUGCCCCCCAAGCUCCUGGUGCCAUGGGGUGGGAAGGAGGAGAUCCCGUGUGCAGCUCAUUGCUGCGUGUGCAGCACUGGGAGCCCUCAUCCUCGUGCUGGUGGUGAUAUCGACCGGUGAGUGCCACCAAGCAUCCCCAUGGUGAGGAUGCCUCAGGUUUGGGUACAGAGCAGGGAUUUGGGGUUUCCAGCACAUGGAUACGCUCCGCAAGCACAGCCCUGCUCCCAUGUGCUCUGGGGCAGCCACGUGGUGCCCUACACCACACUCUGCUCAACCUUCCCAACCUCUGCAACCGCACCCGGGGCUGCAGCACGUCACAGUGCAGCCCAUAUCCCACCUCUGUUGGAGGGAGGUGAGAGAAAUGCAGAUUUCCCACCCUUUGCCCCACAUUUGUCCAAUUCCUCUUUUCAGUGUGUUGGCGGGCCCCAUCCCACCUUUCCCAGCCUUUGCCCACGUGUGCCCCAACGCCUGGGUCGGAUUCCAGGGGAAAUGCUAUUAUUUAUCGAAGGAGGAGAAUGAUUGGAACAGCAGCAGGGAGCACUGCAAUGCCCACGGAGCUUCCCUGGCCACCAUAGGCAGUGCGGAGGAGAUGGAUUUCAUGAUGCGCUUCCAGGGCCUGGCAAACUGCAGGAUUGGGCUUCACAGGGAAGAAGAGGACGCCCAGUGGAUGUGGAGCGAUGUCACAGCCUUCACCAACUGGUUUGAGCUGCGAGGUGGAGGCCGAUGUGCGUACCUGAACGGGGACAGGAUCAGCUCAUCCCUGUGCCACCUACACAAGCACUGGGUCUGCAGCAGAGCUGACCACUACGUCCUCUGGAAGCAAAAGGUGCACCCACAAUGAGAGAUCCCAUCACCACCAACCUUGUGCCAGUGCUGCUGUUGUAUUACAGUGUAUUAUCUUGCAGCCCGAUGUCCUUUCUAGUCAAUUACUUUGUUUCUGUUCA